UCAUAUCAGGCAUCAAACGUUUUGAGCGAAAAAGUUGGAGGAGCAGAAGGAACGAAGCUCGAUCUGGACUUCACCGAUAUGGAGAAGAAGAUGGACACCACCGCUCGGGCCGUGCUGGACAUCAUAACCAAGACCACUGAGUAUCUGCAGCCGAACCCAGCCACGAGAGCCAAGAUGAGCAUGAUGAACUCCAUGUCCCGCAUGCGCGGCCAGGAGAAGGGGCCGGGCUACACGCAGACCGAGGCCAUCUUGGGAGAGUCCAUGCAGAGGUUCGGCCGGGAGCUCGGGGAGGAUUCGAACUUUGGACAAGCUCUGAUUGACGCUGGGGAAGCCAUGCGUGAGCUGGGAGAGGUGAAGGACGCUCUGGACAUGGAGGUCAAGCAGAACUUCAUUGAUCCGAUGCAGAACCUCCACGAAAAAGACCUCAAGGAGAUAACGCAUCACCUGAAGAAGAUGGAGGGUCGUCGCCUGGACUUUGACUACAAGAAGAAGCGCCAGGGCGGCAAGGUGAACGACGACGAGCUCAAACAAGCGCUGGAGAAGUUCGACGACUCCAAGGAGAUCGCUGAGCAGAGCAUGUUCAACCUGCUGGAGAGCGAUAUUGAGCAGGUGAGCCAGCUCUCUGCACUGGUCCAUGCUCAGGUGGAGUAUCACAGCCGCGCUACUGAGAUCCUCACACAGCUCUCCAGCAAGAUUGAUGAACGGAUAAGGGACACCACCGUCAAGCCCAGGAAGGAGUACCUGCCCAAACCCCGCACGUCUCUGGACUUCUCCUCCAUCAGUGAGAACCACAAUGGAGGCAUCCACAGUGCUCGAUCUCCAGCCUCUCGUCUAACGCUGCCUCUCUUUUCUCUCUUCGAUCCUCCCCCCUUCUCUCCAGCCCCACUGGACCAGCCCUGCUGUCGCGCCCUGUACGACUUUGACCCCGAGAACGAGGGUGAGCUAGGCUUCAAGGAGGGCGACAUCAUCACCCUGACCAAUAAGAUCGAUGACAACUGGUACGAGGGGAUGCUGCACGGCAACUCCGGCUUCUUCCCCAUCAACUACGUGGAUAUCCUGGUGCCGCUGCCGCACUAG